UUUGGAAUCCACUAAACUCCCUUUUCCACUUUCAUCUUUUUCUUUCCCUAUAAUUUUCAAAACGCUUCUCUUGUCUUUAAAAUUUUGCAUGUAUAGAACUUAUUACUUCCUUCUGAUCCUUUGGUUGUCCCAAAUUUAUUUGCUUCUUAAGUUGUUAUAAGCCACGAACUUGGAAUUCUGAAAUUUUUGUCCAAUAAAAUGGGAGCAACAAUGUGUUGUAUUGGUAAGUCAAGCAAGAAAACGUGCUUGGAUGAGAAGCUUGGAAAGAAAAUAGCUGAAAUAAGAAGAAAUAAGCUUGGAGAAAGUAGAUUGAAAUCGAUUGAUAGUAUAGUUAUGCUGUUCCCUAUGUUCAAGGAGAGGCUGAAAACAUUAAGAGGAAUGUUUGAACAAUAUGAUGAAGAUUCUAACGGAUCUAUAGAACCCAAUGAACUAAAAAAUUUCUUAGAACAUCUGGAACUUCAUUUCACAGAGCAAGAGAUUGAUAAUCUUUUUCAGUACUGUGAUCUCGAUGGAAGCAAGGGUAUACAGUUCAAUGAGUUUAUAGUUCUUCUAUGCCUCAUUCAUCUCCUAGCAGAACCUUCAUCCUCUGAUAACUCAUCGAAAGCAGGGUUAGCACAGGUUGGAGAAAUUUUCAAUACCAUAGUUGAGGUCUUCGUGUUUUUUGAUCAAAAUGGUGAUGGGAAAAUUAACCAAAAGGACAUGGUCAAGACACUGAAUGAGACUAAUCCAAGGGAAAGAUCCCCGGCGCGCAUCUCUAAACACCGAUUUCAAGAAAUGGACUGGGACAAGAAUGGUCAAGUCACAUUCAGAGAGUUCCUCUUUGGUUUUAUUAAUUGGGUUGGAAUUGAUGCUGAUGAAUAGAUGCAUGAAAAGAAGAUAUACUGAAGAGAGGAGUAACUGAAGUUGGAUUGUGUUGAAUGAGUGUGAGCUUGAGUAUUCUCAUUUUCUUAAGAUUGUGUUGGAGAAAUUUAUACUUUGUUGGUGGAAUGAAAACUAGAAAAUUUGAAGUAGGAAUAGAAAUACAUAAUUUUUGUCAUGCUUCAGCAGUAAGAUACACUCAUACAUUAAGUUUCUCUUAUACACUUUGCUUGAGGAACUGAAAACUAGAUAAAUUGAAGAAAGAAUAGAAAUACAUAAUUUUUGUCAUGUUUCAGAAGAAAGAUAC